GCAUAGUCUGAUCAUGUUAGGUACAGACUGUACUGGUGCCCCACCGGAUCUUGCGAAGUGCAGCCAGGAAGCGUCAUAGACUCCACGUCGCCAAGAAGACUCUCCGCUCUAAACUAGUCUACCGGUCGGGCACUUUGGCCAAACACUACCCGCAGACGUAGAAACAUGCCUCUCCGGUUGGACAUCAAGCGGAAGCUGACCGCUCGGUCGGACCGUGUGAAGAGUGUGGACCUGCACCCAACUGAACCAUGGAUGGUUGCCAGCCUGUACAAUGGCAGUGUCUGUGUCUGGAACCACGAGACACAGACCCUGGUGAAGACAUUCGAGGUGUGUGAGCUGCCUGUGAGAGUGGCUAAGUUUGUGGCGAGGAAGCACUGGGUCAUUGCUGGAGCAGAUGACAUGCAGAUCCGUGUGUUUAACUACAACACUCUGGAGAGAGCUCACAUGUUUGAGGCCCACUCUGACUACAUCCGCUGCAUCGCAGUCCACCCAACACAGCCUUACAUCCUUACCAGCAGUGAUGACAUGCUGAUCAAGCUUUGGGACUGGGACAGGAAGUGGGUGUGUGGUCAGGUGUUUGAGGGCCACACCCACUAUGUCAUGCAGAUCGCCAUCAACCCUAAAGACAACAACCAGUUCGCCAGCGCCUCCCUGGACAGGACCAUUAAGGUGUGGCAGCUGGGAUCUUCCUCCCCUAACUUCACUCUGGAGGGCCAUGAGAAAGGAGUCAACUGUAUCGACUACUACAGUGGAGGGGACAAGCCCUAUCUUAUAUCAGGAGCUGACGACCGCCUGGUCAAGAUCUGGGACUACCAGAAUAAGACAUGUGUGCAGACUCUAGAGGGCCAUACCCAGAAUGUGUCCUGUGUCAGCUUUCACCCUGAGCUGCCAAUCAUUCUCACAGGCUCCGAGGACGGCACAGUGAGAGUCUGGCAUUCCAGCACGUACCGCCUGGAAAACACACUGAACUAUGGGAUGGAACGUGUGUGGUGUGUGUGUGGCCAACGAGGCGCCAACAGUGUGGCGCUGGGAUAUGAUGAAGGCAGCAUCAUCAUCAAGUUGGGUCGCGAGGAACCAGCCAUGUCUAUGGACUCUAACGGUAAGAUCAUGUGGGCCAAGCACUCUGAGGUGCAGCAGGCCAACCUGAAGGCCAUGGGAGAGGCCGACAUACAGGACGGAGAGAGGCUGUCCCUGGCCGUCAAAGACAUGGGCAGCUGUGAAAUCUAUCCCCAGACCAUCCAGCACAACCCCAACGGCAGGUUUGUGGUGGUGUGUGGGGAUGGAGAGUACAUCAUCUACACUGCAAUGGCCCUGAGGAACAAGAGCUUCGGUUCAGCACAGGAGUUUGUCUGGGGCCACGACUCGUCAGAGUAUGCUACUCGGGAGAGCACCAGCAUGGUCAAAAUCUUCAAGAACUUCAAGGAAAAUAAGUCUUUUAAACCAGACUUUGGGGCAGAAGGUAUCCAUGGUGGGUUCUUGCUGGGCGUGAGGUCAGUGAGUGGUCUGGCCUUCUACGAUUGGGAGAACACAGAGCUGGUCCGCCGCAUUGAGAUCCAGCCUAAACACGUCUUCUGGUCAGAGUCUGGGGAGCUGGUGUGUAUUGCCACGGAGGAGUCUUUCUUUGUGCUGCGCUACCUGGCUGAGAAAGUGGCAACAGCACAGGAGACCAAGGAGGGAGUCACCGAGGAUGGGAUAGAGGAUGCCUUCGAGGUGUUGGGUGAGAUUCAGGAGGUGGUGAAGACUGGUCUGUGGGUGGGAGACUGUUUCAUCUACACCAGCUCAGUCAACAGACUCAAUUACUACGUAGGAGGAGAGAUUGUCACCGUCGCCCACCUGGACAGAACUAUGUACCUGUUGGGCUACAUCCCUAAGGAUGACCGUCUGUAUCUGGGUGAUAAGGAGCUGAACAUCGUCACUUACUCUCUGCUGGUGUCAGUACUGGAGUACCAGACAGCUGUAAUGAGGAGGGACUUUGGGAUGGCCGACAGGGUCCUACCCACCAUCCCUAAAGAGAUGAGGACCAGGGUCGCCCACUUUUUAGAGAAACAGGGUUUCAUGCAGCAGGCUCUGGCUGUGUCCACAGACUCAGAACACAGGUUUGAGUUGGCUCUGCAGCUAGGAGAACUGAAGAUCGCCUACCAGCUGGCUGUAGAGGCUGAGUCGGAGCAGAAGUGGAAGCAGUUGGCAGAGCUGGCCACCACUAAGUGCCAGUUUGUCCUGGCCCAGGAGUGUCUGCACCAUGCCCAGGACUAUGGGGGGCUACUGCUGUUGGCCACAGCCUCGGGCAACACCACCAUGGUGGGCAAGCUGGCAGAGGGGGCAGAGAGAGAUGGCAAGACCAACGUGGCUUUCCUCACCUAUUUCCUCCAGGGGAAACUGGACAAAUGUCUGGAGCUCCUCAUUAAAACCAACCGGCUGCCAGAGGCUGCAUUCCUGGCCAGAACAUACCUGCCCAGCCAUGUGUCUAGAGUGGUGAAGCUGUGGAAGGAGAGCCUGGGGAAGGUGAACCAGAAGGCGGCUGAUGCGUUGGCCAACCCUACAGACUACAGCAACCUGUUCCCCGGCCUACAGGAGGCCUUCCUGGCCGAAAACUACCUCAAGGAGACCCACGUCAGGCUGAGGCCCGCCGCGGAGUACCCUCUCAUCACCUCCAAUGAGAAUAGGAAUGUCCUGGGGGAAUCUGCAGUCUAUGUGCCAAAAGUAGUGCCUGCUGAUCCAGAGGUUGCUGGGAGCAUGGAUGAAACCCCUGUAUUGGAAGCAGUGGUAGAAACCCCUGUAAUGGCAGCAGUGGUGGAGGCUACAGCCCCAGAAGCUCCAGUAGUGGAAGAGUCCAUUGUCAUGGAAGAGGUAGAACCUGUUGCAGCUGCAGUCGUGGAGUUUAUCCCAGCAGUAGAAGAAUCUAUCCCAGUGACAGUAGUGGAACCAACUAUGGCUGCAGUGGAAGAAUCCAUUGAGUUGGCAGAGGAGGAACCCAUUAUUGUUGAAGUGGAAGCUCCCAAGCCAAAGGAGGCAACAUCAGUGGAAGAUAUCAUCACUAAGAUAGAGGCUCUUGUCACCAUAGAAAAUGACACAGAAGCACCCCUCUUGGUGCCAGAGGUAGCACAGUCCACCCCAGAGGAAGAGUUCAGAGCAACACCAGAGGAGGCCGUUGAGGAAGGACCUGCAACAAUGAAGGCCAUAGCAACAGAUACACCUGUUACAGAGUUGAUCACAGAACCCAUUGUAACAGAAGCACCAGUUGCCGAGGAAGCGCCAGUGCCUAUAGCAACAGAACCAGAACCUGUUACCAUAGAAGCAGUGGUGGAAGCUGAAGCACCCAUUGCCGCAGCAGUACUAGAAGCCAUAGCAACAGAACCCAUGGUUACAGAACAAGCACCUGUUACCAUUGAAGUGGCAGUGGCAGCAGAAGCACCCAUUACUGAGGCAGUAGCAGAAGCCAUAGCAGCAUCUGAAAAAGCCCCAGUCAUUGUAGAAGAGAAUGAACCUGCCCCAGCACCACUCAUAGACCUAGCCCCAGCCAGAGACCUAGCCUCAGCCAUAGACCUAGCCCCAGCCAGAGACCUAGCCUCAGCCAUAGACCUAGCCCCAGCCAGAGACCUAGCCUCAGCCAUAGACCUAGCCCCAGCCAGAGACCUAGCCUCAGCCAUAGACCUAGCCCCAGCCAGAGACCUAGCCCCAGCUCCACUCAUAGACCUAGCCCCAGCACCACUCAUAGACCUAGCCCCAGCCAUAGACCUAGCCCCAGCUCCACUCAUAGAACUAGCCCCGGUCAUAGAUCCAGCUACAACCCCAACUGUAGAGGACAAGGCUGCAGCAGCCCCAGCGGUAGAGCCCCUACCAGCACUCACCCAGGUGGUUCCACCAGGCGCAGAGCUAGCCCCUGCAGCCCCUCUAGCUGCCCUCUUAGAGGGUAACGGUGUGGAGGAGGCAGCCCCUCUAGCUGCCCUCUUCGAGGUUAAAGGUGUGGAGGAGGCAGCCCCUCUAGCUGCCCUCUUAGAGGGUAAAGGUAUGGAGGAGGCAGCCCCUCUAGCUGCCCUCUUAGAGGGUAAAGGUAUGGAGGAGGCAGCCCCUCUAGCUGCCCUCUUAGAGGGUAAAGGUAUGGAGGAGGCAGCCCCUCUAGCUGCCCUCUUAGAGGGUAAAGGUAUGGAGGAGGCAGCCCCUCUCGCUGCCCUCUUAGAGGGUAAAGGUAUGGAGGAGGCAGCCCCUCCAGCUGCCCUCUUAGAGGGUAAAGGUGUGGAGGAGGCAGCCCCUGUAGCUGCCCUCUUAGAGGGUAAAGGUGUGGAGGAGGCAGCACCUGUAGCUGCCCUCUUAGAGGGUAAAGGUGUGGAGGAGGCAGCCCCUGUAACUGCCCUCUUAGAGGGUAAAGGUGUGGAGGAGGCAGCCCCUGUAGCUGCCCUCUUAGAGGGUAAAGGUGUGGAGGAGGCAGCCCCUCUAGCUGCCCUCUUAGAGGGUAAAGGUGUGGAGGAGGCAGCCCCUCUAGCUGCCCUCUUAGAGGGUAAAGGUGUGGAGGAGGCAGCCCCUGUAGCUGCCCUCUUAGAGGGUAAAGGUGUGGAGGAGGCAGCCCCUGUAGCUGCCCUCUUAGAGGGUAAAGGUGUGGAGGAGGCAGCCCCUCUAGCUGCCCUCUUAGAGGGUAAAGGUGUGGAGGAGGCAGCCCCUCUAGCUGCCCUCUUAGAGGGUAAAGGUGUGGAGGAGGCAGCCCCUCUAGCUGCCCUCUUAGAGGGUAAAGGUGUGGAGGAGGCAGCCCCUCUAGCUGCCCUCUUAGAGGGUAAAGGUGUGGAGGAGGCAGCCCCUGUAGCUGCCCUCUUAGAGGGUAAAGGUGUGGAGGAGGCAGCACCUUUAGCUGCCCUCUUAGAGGGUAAAGGUGUGGAGGAGGCAGCACCUGUAGGAGUAGCAACAGCAUCCAUGGACCUGCUGGACCUGAAUGAUGAGGGCCUUGACGACCUGGACAUGUUUGAUCUGGACGAUGACAUCGACACCACAGACAUCAAUCUGGACGAUGACUUCUUAGACGACUGAAACUCUUGGAGAAAUGCCCUUAAAGUGACCAAAGAGUACAGUGUUGUUCAUACUCCUAGUGAAUGGGAGUGUGUGUGUGGGGGACCAGGUGUUUUUACCUUUACAGUGAAACUGGUGAAAGGUGGGGUGGAUGAGUUCAUGUCUUUCCAUCUUCACACAUUAACUGUGAAAAACCGUGGGAGGGUGUUUGUAGAAGGCUUUGGGUGAUAAUGAGGUGGACUGGGUUCAUUCAUUAGGAAUAAACACAGUAAAUGUUUUGAAACGGGAUACAAAUUUGCCUUCUUAUUGAACAGGUCAAAUGUACUGUGUCAAAUUGAUUUCUGGUUUCGCACAUGCUGAACACAACCCCGGGUUGUAUUCAUUAGUCGUAUUUCAUUGCAAAAUGUUUUGCAAUGGAAAUGGUUUACUCCAAAUACAAAACGUUUUGUUCAUAGAGUAAACUUUUUCCAUUGCAAACAUUUAGCAAUGGCAUCCAACUAGUGAAUACACCAUGGUUUUGAAAUCCUUUGUACAGUACUUCAACUCUCACAUUGACCUACAGUAUAGAAUGAUAGUGUGAACCAGAGUGGUCAUGGGUUUGACAUGUUUACCUUAUCCUCACACAUAGGAAGAUGGGUUUACUACUGUACCUCUUACCGCUAGCUAAACAGGCUUUGAUCUUUCAUUGAUUAGUUAGGUCAUGAGCUUGUCUUCAGUAUACCUCUACAUGUCUUGGCAAGCAUGCUGCUCUGCCAUGGUCUAGUAUCUUAUGCAUCUGCUGUUUUUAAUAAAGAGCUACUUCAUUGUUACAGAUGUGAACCCAAGUGCCUUAUGUAUGACUGGUCUGGAAUUAAAUGUUAUCAACUCAAUAAAGAUGACAAGUGUUUGUCUGAAUCAGG